AUGGCACAACUUUCGGACUCAAAUAUCUUUAAAGAAACCAUUCUUGAAUCUUUUGUGAAAAACAGAUAUAUACCUACCCUUCCAUCUCUACCUCCGCCUCAAAGUUUUUAUGAAAAAGCAAAACAAUUAACUUCUGACAACCCAAAAGCCACAGUUGGUGCAUUAACCGUGGGCGGCCUUGUAUUAGGCCCACCUGUAGCUGUCGGUUUAGUAGGUGCGCUUGGAUUCGGCUCAGGUGGUAUAGCAGCUGGAUCAACUGCAGCAUGGAUGAUGUCAUUGCAAGGUGGUGCUACCGCUGCGG